AUGUCAACAACAUGGAGUCCGCCGCAAAAGAUGAUUGUGGAGCCUCUAUAAAUAAAACUCGCGAACUAUGGAAUCCUAACGCCAUUACUAUCUUCGUGCAAUGGAGUGAUCAGUGGAAUUAACUAUUUCGACUUAGUGUUUCUGUGGAUGCCAAAGAGCAUCGUGCAUCAGUACUCAUGGCUUGCAACUGGGCAAAUGGAGAUUACUUUUCAGAACUCAUGUGCACAGAUAAAAGAGCGCAUGUGGCUUUGGAACUGCUUGUCGACGACUUGCACGCAAACAAAGACAGGACCAUCACAAAAUUCUUGUGCCAUUCUGGGUCGGAGGAUUUUCUCUGGGGACUCGUGCGUCUUCUCGCAAACGAUAACCCUCGAGUUGCAGGAAAUGCGGCUUAUAUUAUUGGCACACUUGCUGAGUCUGAGAUGGGAUGCCUGCGUAUCUUGGCUCUAGCCAACAGUCAGAAUCCUGAGACCAGUGGUAUUCUGAAUGACCUGACAAACAUGCUUACCUUUGAUGAUACCGAGAGUGUCAUGAAUGCAGCAGGCACCAUGGGAACACUGGCAGAGAGCACAGAAGGUCGACAAUGGAUGUUGUCACAGACCUGCGUGCAGGAGAUGGUUCAGUACAUUACUGUACUGCUUGGCAACCAGAAUCUGUGGACUGCUAGCAAUGCAGCUCUAGUCUUGGCCAGGAUUUGCAUCUCUGAAGAUGGCUGCAAUGUGAUACUAUCUCAUCCCCAGUCCAAAAAUAUACUGUCCAGGCUGGUGACAGCAUUAGGAGUGGAUGAAGCAGGUAGGGGUAUGAAUGCUGCCUUUGCCAUUGGCCGGCUGUGUGACAUGGAUGUUGGUCGACAACAGCUUUUAACGCUGCCAGAAUCUGAGAAAAUGAUUUCGUCCUUGGCAAAGAUGCUGAGCUGUGAAGACACAGGGGCCAGCAAGAAUGCAUGCUUUGCACUCAGUUGCCUAGCAACCAGCUUGGAGGGUCACAACCGCCUACUGCUGAACAUGCACUCUGAUGCUGUGCUUCAGACUCUUGCUCAGUUGCUAAAUGCUGAAGACAGUGAAACUGGAUGGUUUGCAGCCAUGACACUCAGAACUCUUGCCAGCCAACCCAAGGGCUGUCUGCGGUUGCGUGAAAACACCCAGGUCAUUAAUGCCUUAAAGCUGAUGCUGAUUCAGUCAGAUGUGAACCCUGACCUAAAGGAAGAGGCCGUAAUCACACUGGACAUCCUUAAGCGUUUGGAUCGUCCAUUUUCCCCUACUGCCAUUGUGAAAGGAGCCAAUCAUGUUUCCUUGACAUGGGAAGCUGUGACAACAAAAAGUGGAUUACCCAUCACAUAUCAGCUUUAUGAAGGUAUAUGCGCUGUCACUUGUGUCUUUUGUGCUCUUUUUGAAACCAGUGCUGAUCACCUGCAUCUGGCAUUGGCAGUAACUGUGGAAGAAAGUUGGGCUGUUAGCUGA